GCCUUCGUUCCGCAGAGAUGGCGUCCUUUAAGACAGAUUUUCCCCCAGUGCGCGCCUGCAUUUUUGAUCUGGACGGGCUUCUCCUCAACACCGAGGACAUCAUCACGUUAUGCACGAACCAACUGCUUGAGAAGUAUGGGCGACCUCCCUUUGUCCCAUCGAUUCGAGCCCAGCUCAUGGGCAUCCCAGACUCGAUCAACGGUGAGGUCUUUCAUCGCUGGGCCAGGUUGCCUGUCCCCCGGGAAGACUUCGCCCGUGAACUGUCUGAGCAGAUGCGACUGCAGUUCCCCAAUUGCAAGCCACUGCCUGGCGCAGUGCAGAUUCUGUCCAACCUCAGCCGGGCACAUGUUGCUGCUUCCGGGGAUCGAAUCGAACUCGCACUCGCCUCCACCUCCAAGAGCCACACCUACGAACGGAAAACUUCACAGCCAGAAGCGAAGCACUUGCUUGCCUUCAUUCCGCCCCACAGACUAGUCCUAGGAGAUGACCCGCGAGUGCGAGAGGGUCGAGGGAAGCCCGCCCCCGACAUUUACAAUGUCGCGCUUCAGUCGUUGAAUACGCCACCAGGUUUGAAUGAUAAGCCUAUUAUGCCCAACGAAUGCUUGGCCUUUGAAGACAGCGUGAUCGGGGUCGAGGCGGCGAGACGGGCUGGCAUGAGAGUUGUUUGGGUCCCACAUCAAGAUGUGGCGCUCGAAUACCAAACGAGGCAGCGGGAGGUGCUGGCUGGGAGGACGGGAUUGAUCGAGAUCGGCGAUGAGUGGCAGCUGGGGGAGAUUGACGACGACUGGGCCGAGUGCAUUCCGAGUCUGGAGCAGUUCAACUACGAGAAAUACGGCAUUGAAGUUCCGACCUAGAUUCUCCCUGAUGGAGAACUAACUUGGACCGAUUCUUGUCGCAGGACCAUACGGCCCGGUCACUAACCCUGAGUGCGAGGAGCAGAUAUAGGGUAUAGCAUGCUCAAUCACACACACCAACCACUUCCCAAGACGUGCCCCCUGCCAACCAAUCAAACGGCACAGCAGCGAACGCGAGACUUUGCGACAACAAUGGGCGCGUCUGGCCAAAUAUUUUCUCAACAGUGCGAGAGAGUGAGCUCGAUUGAUGAGGCGACGAAGGAUAUUUACCUGGAUAUACGUGGGUAUGUUAUCCUUUAACUUCGGCCGGAAAUGCGCAGACUGGGUGGAAAGCAACAACACACUCAUUGAAGGAUACAUUCUUGACACUUAAUGUAUCCUCAGAUCAGCAAUCACUUCGGCAGCCCUGAUUUUCCUGUUCCAUCCCCUUUACAUCCCGACAAGAUAUCCCCCCUCGAGUCGAUGGGUGCUGGUCUAUAUUGCCCAAUGCCCAACGCCCACAUUCCUUGCUUCGAAACUCCCCAGCUCGCACGCCUUGGACAGUCGCUCACAACUGCGGCGUCCGCCUCACCCUGUAUAGGAAAUAUCUCGUGCUUGGAACCAAGGACCCCCUCGAAGUCCAGCCCUUAUACGACAAAGUAAAGGGAAGGGAGGAAUACUAUUCAUCGAGUAAAACGGUCAUGUCAUAUCGCUAACCUAUUGCAAUGCACGAGGUCCUGUCGAGGGCAAUCUCACAGCAGAAGGCCAGCCACAGCCAGUCCCAGAAGCAUGCCGAGCUCGAAUGGCGGAAUGGGUCGCUCUGCACGAUUCGUUCCCGUCGUAGGAACGAGGAUGCCGCUUGCCGACGUGGUUGAAGAGGAUGUCGUCGAGCUCGGCGACAGCGCAGGCGUCGUUGGCGUGACGACCAUGGAGCGUGAAGAAUUGCCCAGAGACGUUGAUGGGGAUGGUGGUGGUGAUAUCGAAGUCGACUUGUCCGAAGAAAUGGUCAACCCGGGGCCGGGCUCGACGGUGGCCUGAUAGGGAGAAGUGGUGACCAGUGUCAGCGUUGCCGUGACGGUCGUCGUGUGCAUCGCCGUUGCAGAGACCUAUCCUGCGUCAGCAAGGCAACCCUCCCUGAUCGAAGACAGUACCGAGCAAGCGGGGAGGAAACAAACCUCACUCGUCGACGAGCUGCUUCCACUGAUCGCCGUACUCGUGCUCGCACUCGACGUCCCGGAACAAGUCCAAACGCCGCCCCGCGUCGCGUCCGCCGACGCAGAUCUCGCAGGGGAAUCUUGCCCGACCACCCAGACCAAGUUGCGGUCCCACAUCUGCACGCUCGCCUCGACGCUCUUGUUGCAGAACACGCGAUCAUUCAGCGCCAAGCUCCCAUCGACGUGGUCAUCACCCGCACCGUCACCGUCGCCAUCGUCGCCGGCGCCCGCUGCGCACCCGCCGUCCAAGCACGCGCCCAGGGCCGCGCGGUACGAGCAGUCCGUGCAGAUGCAUCGGCGCAGCCUCGCGGAAGGCGGCUCAUCCGCGGCGUCGGCGCCCGUGGUGGUGGCAUUAUUGCCUCCGUUGCCGCCGCCGCUGCCGCUGCUGGAGAGGAUGGAGCCGCACGACCCAAAGGCCUGGAGGAGCGAGGUGCUGAAGCACGUCUGCGCGCAGGCCGGGAGCUGCGUCCAGUUGGUAUACUGGGCGCUGACGGCCGGUGGUACACGUGGGAGGAGGACAAGAAUGCCGCUGGCGGCGAGGAAGGUCUGGACGAGAAGCAUGGGGAGAGUCAUGGUAUUUUUCGGACUGGGGAAUGGGGGCUAAUAUCCGUUGUCUUCUGGUGUUUCGGGUUAUUCCUGUUGUCAGUUUGAUGUGGAGGUGGUUGAAUGAGUAUCGUUGGUGUAUACCAGGUAAACAACCUGAAGAGAUCUCCUGGGAUUUAGAUCCUCGAUCAAUCCAGUAUUGUCACUUGUGAGGCAUGACGGAUCAUGGGAUGGGAGCAUGGGAGCAUGGGAGCAUGGGAGC